AUGGCGCUGGGAAAGAAACGGGGGGAGGCCGCGGCGGCGGGCGAGGCAGCUGCAGUCGAAUCUUGGAGAACAGGAUCUGCAGGUUUCGGCGCUCGUCUCAGCUCGACGCUCUGUUGGAUUGCGGGUUCUUCUCUCUCCUUCGCAGCGCUGACAGUUCCGCGGCGAAAAGAAUGGUUUGAUGUUUGUCUGGAUUACAUGUACGUGAAAAGAACACAAUAUGCCCCCAAUGUCUACGCCUCCCUCUGGCGCUGGCUGAAGAACGCCCCCAAGUGA